CUGUGUGUUCUUCUGUGAAAGUAAAAGCGCGCAGUUUGUCUCUACUGUUGUUAGGUGUAAACACACGAAGAAUAAAGUUUCAACUGAAGUUCAAAUUGUUUAUUAAUCCGAAUUGUAGCUGUUUGAUCCGGAUUAAGUGGUCCAGAUGUGUGAGCGGGAGGAGGAGGAGGAGCGCGUGGCGCGGAGCUGGAUGAUGGACUUCUGUUUUCGGUCUGUGUGCAGCAGCUACACCCGCUCCCACAGAGAGAGAUUUAACCACAACAUCAGACUGUACGAAGCGAUGGUUGACGAUGAGUGCGACCUGCAGGAGGAUCAGCAAAUGAAGAGAACAAUCUGUUGUUUUCUUUCCAGAAUAAUGGAUGGGAAAAACUUGGAGGUGCAUUACGACCCCAGUGACAGAGUUACUCCGCUGAUGUCAGCGGUCAAAGUGUGGGAGUUCCUGAGCGAGGCUGUGGAUGAUCCUGCACUGUAUGAGAAUGUCAGACAUCUACUGUUCAUUCAGAGUGUCUGUGUGUGUUUGGAGAAAGGAAACGCAAAGCUGGCAGAAGAUGCACUGCAGUGGCUUGAGAAAGAGGCUGCAUUACCAGAGAAACUGCAAAGAAAACUGUCCACAGUUGUGACUAAGAAGGACAUCUAUGACCAACUCCUAGUUAGCUUCUCCUACAGUCGUCUGCUGGACAGAAUCAAUACAUUCUUAGACAGAUUUCUCGAGAAACAUCCAUCUGACUUUUUACAGAAGUCUGCAUCAAAAGUUGUCCAAGCUCGACUGGAGAGAGCAGAGAGGGCUGAGGCAGAACAGGAUUAUUUGGAGUCCAAAUCACCAAGCCGCACUGCAGAAGUCUCCACGAACAAUGAGGCAAAUCGGGUUUCAGAAGAACUGAGUCUUAGACCUAAAAAGAAACUUUUCUCAACUAAAACUCUGCAGCCUUGGAAACCUGAGACAGCAAAGAAACAGUUACAGUUACCUCGCAGAACAUCAAUAUUAAAGGUUUCCAGAAGGAGUUCUAAAGGGUUACCCAAGACAGGAGCUGACAUUCCAAAAUACAAGUCCAAGAAGAAAUGGACAUGGGAAGAAGACAUGAACUUAAAGUCUGGGGUGAGGCGUUAUGGAGAAGGAAAGUGGACCAAAAUUCUGGAGGAGUUUCAGUUUGAGGGCCGGACGAGCGUCAUGCUUAAGGACCGGUGGAGAACCAUGAAAAAACUCGGAAUCUGAGCUCUCAGCACUCGUCUUAACUAUGAGGACUGAUUUGAACUUCAGCAACACUGAGACACCAUGCUUUCAUGCAUACAUUUGAACCCGUACAAGAAAUGGGAAAAUGGGUAACAGUUAUUCAUGUGUAGUGAUACAAGAGAACAUUUUAAACCACACCAUCAACCCUUAAAAAGGUGUUUUAAAAAUAAAUUAUUCUGCUGCCAUUGUAAAUAAACUGUUUACACUGCCACAGUGUUUGUCCAGCCAAUUGGUCAGCCUGAAAGUGUCCUAGCAUAAGGUCUUUAAAGGGCUCACACUUUACAUUUUUGUCUGUUGUUCUUGAUUCAUGUUAAAAAAAAAAACUCACACCAUCUCUUUAAGGUUUCUUUAAGGUUAAUCUGUGUAAAUGAUCUCUAUUUUUAAUUAAUUAGAGCUGUGUUUUAAUAAGCCACCCCUACGUGAACGUAAGUAUAUGCUUAUACAUAUUUAAGAUGCUUUAGGCUGACCAGGUAGAUGUGUAAAAGAGAUUUUGAAAAUGGUCCCUUAAGGCAAAGUUUAGGUAGUUUGGAGAAAGACAACAUGACUGUGAAGUGCAAUUGUAUUAUAUUAAUUGUAUAAUAUUUUUUAUUCCAUUUCAUACAUUAAUAGACAAGUAUGAACAUAUAUAAACAUGUGAAAAAAAAAACUUUUUUUAAACAAGACGUGGUGUUAAAAUUUACAUUUGCCAAUAAAGUUGUCUGUACAUUUUU